AUUGAUUAUGUUCACAAUAGUGUAUUUGUGACCAUUGACUAAAGUUAGAGACAUAGCGUUUUCAAAACGAGAUACGAUUCAAGGAGUUGUUUCUGUUAUUUUCAGUUAAUUAUCAUAAUUCAACUCCUGGGAAUCGAUUUCGAGAUUAUCUAUUGAUUUACUUCUCAGAAUAAUAAUUGUUGUCGCGGUUGAAGGAAGUGUUCGUUGAUAUUUCUUGGAAAACGUGUGAAAAAAAGUUUUCACAGUGAAAAAAUGAAAAGAAUUGAAUUGAGUGCAAUUUCAAUAUUUGGUCUUUGUGCAGUGUUGCUGGCGCUAACGAGCUUCUGUAACGCUAGGAACGCCAGAACGGAUACACCUCUGAAGUGCCAUGUUUGUGAUCCCGAAUCUUGCAAAGCUUGGACGAAAGAAUCUGAACCCAAGGAGUGUACAGUUGAUGACCUGGAUCGUUAUAACAUAGGCCCCCAUAAGCUAUCGAACUUUAGCUACUUUCCGUUCAGUCACAGGAUAGAACCGGAGUUCUUGUGUCAAAAAAUUGAGGCGUAUGAUUUUCGAGAAAAGUAUAUAGUAAGAAAAUGUCAGUUAAAACUACCAGAAAAUGAGUCGUGCAUUAAUUUGUACAGAAAUAUGAAUGGAGAUCCAGAAAAAACUUAUAUGAGCGCCACUUGUCAUUUAUGUAACUGGGAUGGCUGCAAUAGCAGCGGUGCUAUUUACGUUUGGGCUCCACUUUUACUGUCUUUCAUCUUAACACUUUAUUAAAAAUUUACUUCUUAUCACUUCAUUUCCAAUCUUGUAACGUUCUGAUGCUUCCUAACAAACGAGAUAGUUUUAUAAAAUUGAAGCUGUGAGAAUGAAAAUGGCAAUACAGGAAUAAACAUUCUGAAACGAAACAUAAAACAGCAAACACGCAAAAGUGAAUUAUGAAUAGUCGAGCAGGAGCAGUGAACCAUGAGUAUCGGUACGUGUGCGUAAAUUCAUGAUUUGCUUCAACACAGCGCUCAUUCAAGAUUCACUUUUGAGAAUUUUCUUUCUUAUCGGCACUUCAGUAAAUACUUUUGUUACGUUGCGCAUUUGUAUGUUUUCGUUCCAUGAGUCAGUUUUAAAUGUUAUUCAUUUCCAAACUCACCGUAGUUUUAAUUCAAUCCAGACAAAAUAUAUUAUUUCAAAUCAUAGAACUUGAUUUCGUUAAACAAGAGUAUGUAUUUUGUUAGUUUGGAAUACCAAUAAACAGGAGUAUGUUUUUCUGACUUUGGUUGUUGGUAAAGGCGAGUAUGUUUGUCCAAAUUGGUGAACUAAUCAUUUUUGUACAUUUGGCGGCGCCCGAUACUUCAAUUGAACGAAUUGGUUUUUGAAAAAAUAGAGUAUGCUUGCAUAAAUGGUUAAAAAUAUUAAGUUCUCUGGACGAAGAAUAACAGGGGUGCAUAAGUCUCAGCACUUAAACGAGCUCCGCUUAUUAUACGGCAUUGACAUGAACGAACAGCAUUAGAAUGAAUGUACACACAUGAAUGAAAUGACAACAUCACUGAAACCGUAGCGCAUGGAAAAUAACACAGAAGAAAUGCGACAACAAACAAACAUCGCAAAAUCACAACGCAUCAGAGAGAGUGGGAGUAUCUGUGCUGUUCGCACAUCAGCAAAUAUUCAUAGCACGCUGGUACCGUGUCAGUGGAGACUACCAAUACCAAAUUAGAACAAUUGAUUUGUAUUGUUGACAUCACUGAGUCGGUGCCAGUGCGUUAUGAAUAUUAAGCCGCUAAGAAAGAAAAUUCUCAAAAGUGAAUCUUGAAUGAGCGCUGUGUUGAAGCGAAUCAUGAAUUUACGCACACGUACCGAUACUCGUGGUUCACUGCUGCAGCUCAAACAUUCAUGAUUCACUUUUGCGUGUUUGCUGUUUUAUGUUUCGUUUCAGAAUGUUCAUUCCUGUAUUGCCAUUUUCAUUCUCACAGUCUCAAUUGUAACUUUUUAUUUUUUAUUAUUUUAAAUAUGUACUGAGAAAACUCUGUUAAUCAUAAUCCAAAUUUCGGAUAAUUUUGGCUGAAUUGCCGCCUACAAGUACAUUUGCUGGAAAAUCUUUUGUGACAAGGCUCCUGCACCGACCACAACAUUAUCACCAAUCCACACAUUAUUUCCAAUUUUAACAGGGACACCAAGUUGACAAUAAUCAUCAUUGUCCUGACGAUAUUUUGCAUCGAGCGGAUGUGUUGCUGCGUAAAUAUGAACACCUGGGGCCCCUGAAACAGUUAUCGGCAACUGUGAUCGGUGCACAGUCUAAGAAUAUGCAGUCAAAAUUGGUAUGAAUGUUGUUGCCGAACGUUAAGUUAUAGCCAUAAUCAACACGGAAUGGUGCUUGCAUAGCCAGUUUCUUGCCACGACAUGCUGCGUUUAAAAGUGCAUAAAGUAUUUCUUAUUUGCCUUUUUUAUAAGUGACCUCGAGUAGUUAACUAACUAAGAAAUACAACGAACUCGAGGUCACUGAUAAAAAAGGCAAAUAAGAAAUACUUUAUGCACUUUUAAACUCAGCAUAUUGCUUAACUUUAGUCCUUUCGUCGUAUAGCUCUUUGUCAGCCGGACUGUACGGGUAAUCAGCAAGCAUUCGCUCCUUAUGAGUUAAAUGUUUAUACAAUUUGAUGUCGGGCAGUAUCUGUUUGGGCAUUUUUAACACU